AGGAACGGAAGGGACCAAGAUGGCGGCGCCCAGCCCGGCGGGGGCUCGGGGGAGGCCGCCCGGGGUCACCCCGCAACAGAUUCGGGACCUGAUCGACGGCGGCAUCGCCCCGGAGGGGGACGGCACCGACGGGAAGGACGCGGCGGCCGGGCCCCAAGCCGCUAACGGGUCUCCGCAGCCCGAUGCCCCCCCCUCGGAGUCGACGAGCAAAGAAGCUUACUUCAGCAGGGUGCAGACCUUCACCCCGCUGAAGUGGGCGGGCAAGCCCCACGAGCUGUCGCCGCUGGUGUGCGCCAGGUACGGCUGGGCCAACGUGGAGUGCGACAUGCUGAAAUGCUCCAGCUGCCAGGCCUUCCUCUGCGCCAGCCUGCAGCUCGCCUUCGACUUCGCCAAGUACAAGGAGCGCUGCUCCGAGCUGAAGAAAUCCUUGAGCACGGCGCACGAGAAAUUCUGCUUCUGGCCGGACAACCCCUGCCCAGCCCGCUUCGCCCUGCUGCUGGUGGACGAGCCCCGAGCCCUUCUCCAGGAUUUCCUGGAGCGCUUCCAGAGCCUGUGCCAGCUGGAGCUGCAGCUGCCCUCCCUCCGAGCCGAGGACAUGAAAACCAUGUCCCUGACGGAGGAGAAGAUCGCCUCGCUCCUCCAGCUGCUCCGGGAGGAGCUGGAGCUCAAGGCAGAGGGCGAGAAGGCGCCGCUGAAGCUCUCCUCGGAGGCUCUGCCCCUGCACGUGUCCGCCUGCGUCCUGGCGCUGUGCGGCUGGACCUGCGGCGCCGUGUCCGGCUCCUCGCUCCUCUCGGUCAUCACCUGCUCGCGCUGCAUGAGGAAGGUGGGCUUGUGGGGUUUCCACCAGCUCGAUCCCGGGGGUCUGGAGACGGAUUCGGGACCCUCCGAGCGCUGCCCGCCCGUGCCCACGUCCCCACGCAGGAUGCUGACACGGAGCCAAGACGUUUUUCCUCCAGGCUCCGAGCAGCAGGAGAAGAGCCCAUCCCCGGCGGUCUCUCGCCCACGGAUUUGGGAUUCCCCCAGCCCCGGGGAGCGAGGAGGAGAAUUGGAGGCGGCCAGCCCCGCGCCGCGCAGCCGCCCCGUUACCCGCAGCAUGGGGCAAGGGGAAAACGUGGACGUGCCCUCCAGCCCCGUCCGCAGGGCCAAACGGGCUCGGCUCUGCUCUUCCAGCAGCUCGGAUGUUUCUUCGAGGAGUUUCUUCGAUCCCAGCUCACAGCAUCGCGACUGGUGCCCCUGGGUCAACGCGGUGGAGGGCGCGGAGGCCUCGCAGGAUUCCGCAGCCCAGGCUCAGGAGGAGCCCCCCAAAGCAGAGCCCGGCUGGCGAGCGAUCCUCAACCUGCUCCUGACCCUCAAAAAAUGUGACAGAGCGCCCGAAAGCGAGCCCGUGAGCCUCUCGGUGAAAUCCUCCAAGGUUUUCCGCAUUUUCCGCCAGUGGGAGAGCGUGGAUCCCUCCUGAACCUGCUGCUGCCUCCGGGGGAACCUCACGCAGCCCCUCGUUGAGGGGGGGGACACCGGGCAGCGCCUCGCUCCGGCACCGAACCACCGGGGAAGCUUCCAACGUGUGCUGAGAAAUCCCCGGGCUGCCCCAGUGCCAAAACAGCCCCAAAACAGCCUCCGGGGACCCCCCUGAACCCCAAAAGCCUUCCUCGAAGCCCCCCUCACCUUCACCAGGUGCUGCUGUAACCCUCAACCCCAAGGGUUUCGACAGCUCCGACUGCGCGGGGUGACCGAGGGGGACGCGGUCACCCUGCUGGGGGUGAUUUGGGGUCCGGCUGGGACCUGCCCCCCAGCAGCACGGGGUGAUGCCAGGUGGGAAUAAACAUUUCAUGGUUUUUCUUA